CUUGGAGCUCUGAGAGGACCAGGCCAGGGAGGAAAGCUCAACUUGUCCCUCACUUGCAGGGCUCAGUUCAAUUCAUCAGAAUCACAGAGAUCACUCAAGGUCUGGUUUUAAAACAAAACAUACUUUACUUACUGUCGAGAUGAGUGAUGAGGAAAUCACUUACUCAACUGUGAGAUUUGGUAAGUCUUCAACACUGCAAAACCGAGGAAGGCCUGAGGAGACUCAAGGGCCAAGAGGUACUGUUCACAAAGGUAAAUGUUUUAAACAUUUAAAUUCAUGUGAAUUUUAUGCCUUUCUGGGUUCUUCUACUUGGACUGUGUCUGCUCCUCCAGUGCUUUUUGAAGGAUGUGCUUUUGAUCUUGUAGAAGUGGGGGAGGAGGGGCAUGUGCCUGUCAUCCAGCUACUUCUAGAGUGUUUAGCCCCCUGGUACCUCUUUGCAAUAGCUCUGGGAAUCCUUUGUUCCCUUCUGGUGGCUGUCGCAGUGUUGGUGGCAUAUGUUUCUCAGUAUAGUGGAAACAAACAUGAAUUGCAGAAAACUCUAAACAGCCUCACUCAACAGUAUCACACCCUGCAAAGUGACAAUACCUUAAUGAAAGAAAUGCUGACAAAUAAGUCUAGAGAGCUUGAUGAACGUCAGAAGGAACUUGACUCCUCCAACAGAGAACAGAACAGAUGCUGUCGGGAAACUAAAGUUUCAGAUUGCAUUCACUUCACAGGCAAAGAUGUUGAAGGAUACUGGUUAUGUUCUGGCAUAAAAUGUUAUUUCAUAAUGGACUAUAAAGACUGGAGUGGAUGUAAACAGACUUGCCAGGACUGCAGCUUGUCACUUUUGAAGAUAGACGAUGAGCAUGAACUGAAGUUACUUCAGGUCAAAGUUAAUCCAAGAAUUUACUGGAUUGGAUUAUCGUAUGAUAAAAGAAAAAGCAAAUGGCAAUGGAUUGAUGAAGAGCCAUCUAACCUUGACUCGAAAAUAACAUAUUUCAAUCAUAAAACCGGAAGUUGUGCAUUUUUAUCUAGAACAAGACUAGAUGAUACUAACUGUGAAAAUCGUUAUCACUGCAUCUGUGAGAUGAGAAUGGAUAAAUGUUCUGAUUCACCCUCCAGCAAGAGAAUUUUGUCUUCUGUGAAAAUGGAGAGAUGUGCUGGAAGAGGUUGAAAACAUUCUUCUGAAUCUGAAUUGACAGAGCAGAGACCAUCUUCCUUCCUGGAGGAGUACAUCUUCUCAGAUACAUGGACACCCCAUUACCCCAAG